AAUAAUAAUAAUAAUAAUAAUAAUAAUAAUAAUAAUAAUAAUAAUAAUAAUAAUAAUAAUAAUAAUAAUAAUAAUAAUAAUAAUAAUAAUAAUAAUAAUAAUAAUAAUAAUAAUAAUAAUAAUAAUAAUAAUAAUAAUAAUAAUAAUAAUAAUAAUAAUAAUAAUAAUAAUAAUAAUAAUAAUAAUAAUAAUAAUAAUAAUAAUAAUAAUAAUAAUAAUAAUAAUAAUAAUAAUAAUAAUAAUAAUAAUAAUAAUAAUAAUAAUAAUAAUAAUAAUAAUAAUAAUAAUAAUAAUAAUAAUAAUAAUAAUAAUAAUAAUAAUAAUAAUAAUAAUAAUAAUAAUAAUAAUAAUAAUAAUAAUAAUAAUAAUAAUAAUAAUAAUAAUAAUAAUAAUAAUAAUAAUAAUAAUAAUAAUAAUAAUAAUAAUAAUAAUAAUAAUAAUAAUAAUAAUAAAAAUAAUAAUAAUAAUAAUAAUAAUAAUAAUAAUAAUAAUAAUAAUAAUAAUAAUAAUAAUAAUAAUAAUAAUAAUAAUAAUAAUAAUAAUAAUAAUAAUAAUAAUAAUAAUAAUAAUAAUAAUAAUAAUAAUAAUAAUAAUAAUAAUAAUAAUAAUAAUAAUAAUAAUAAUAAUAAUAAUAAUAAUAAUAAUAAUAAUAAUAAUAAUAAUAAUAAUAAUAAUAAUAAUAAUAAUAAUAAUAAUAAUAAUAAUAAUAAUAAUAAUAAUAAUAAUAAUAAUAAUAAUAAUAAUAAUAAUAAUAAUAAUAAUAAUAAUAAUAAUAAUAAUAAUAAUAAUAAUAAUAAU